ACUCGUCAAUCAGACGAAUACGUCGAUGCCCAAAUUGACCUAACAAUAUCAUAUCAUAUCAUAUCAUAUGCAUCAAACCAAUUCCUCUCUCCCUAAUACUCCUAUCAAUUUGAAAUUUUGAUGAAAACCCUUUUCGUUCCUGCGCCUGUCUGAGUGAGAUUCAAUCGAAUUCUAAAAAAAGAAACCAAAAAUGAUGACAAUGGAAGGAAAUAUGGAUAGGGGGGUGUUGGAUGACAUAAUACGCCGGCUGUUGGAAGGCAAAGGAGGGAAACAGGUGCAGCUUUCGGAGGCCGAGAUCCGCCAGCUCUGCGUCAACGCUCGCCAAAUUUUCAUCUCCGAGCCCAACCUCCUCCAACUCCGCUCCCCUAUUAGGAUCUGCGGAGACAUACAUGGCCAGUACCAGGACCUAUUAAGGCUCUUCGAGUUUGGUGGGUACCCUCCUGUCGCAAAUUACCUAUUUCUAGGAGAUUAUGUUGAUCGAGGUAAGCAGAGUUUGGAAACAAUAUGCUUACUGCUGGCUUACAAGGUUAGGUAUCAAGAUAGGGUCUACCUUUUAAGGGGAAACCAUGAAGAUGCCAAGAUCAACCGUAUUUAUGGAUUUUAUGAUGAAUGUAAGAGGCGGUUCAAUGUUCGGCUCUGGAAGAUAUUUACCGAGUGCUUUAAUUGCUUGCCUGUCUCUGCCGUCAUAGAUGAAAAGAUACUUUGCAUGCAUGGGGGACUUUCUCCUGAGCUCAAACAAUUGGACCAGAUUAAUGAGAUCACUAGACCGACUGACAUUCCAGAUAGUGGUCUCCUCUGUGAUUUGCUUUGGUCUGAUCCUGAUCCUAGGGUACGUGGUUGGACCGAUAGUGAUAGAGGUGUCUCAUGCGUUUUUGGGGCAGACGUGGUUGCAGAAUUCUUGCAAAAAAAUGAUUUGGACCUCAUUUGCCGUGGCCAUCAGGUGGUGGAGGAUGGGUAUGAAUUCUUUGCCAAAAGAAGACUAGUUACCAUAUUCUCAGCUCCAAAUUAUGGUGGCGAGUUUGACAACGUUGGUGCCCUUUUAAGUGUGGAUGAAUCACUAGUGUGUUCCUUUGAAAUAUUGAAACCCUUGUUAGUCAAUCCUAAGGUGCCUUUGAAAAAGCCCCCUAAAGUUGGAGCGUCCUGAUGCACAACAAAGUGCAUUUACAAGUUUGUUUCAGUGAAUGGGUGGCUUGCAUUUCUUUGUUCAUAAGCUGUCUCGUAGAGAAUGUUUGAUACUCGUAGCUUAGAAAACUUGGAAGCUGGGAAGUUGAGGAGAAUCCAUUAGCAAAAGGAUUAGCAGGCAAAAGAGAUGUGUAAACUGGAAAAUCAAGCUGUUUCCCCUUUAUGGAUUGGAACCCUCUUAGGAUUGGGAUAUUUAAAGAAAGCAUUGUGUUUGUUUACAUUUGGGUAGCUACAACUUAUUCAAAAUAUUAAUGUGAUUUCUAGCAUCAUUUGUACAUCCAUUCUGACUUCAGCUAUGGCUCUUUGUUUGGUAGUCUGAUGAUCAUCAAUGCAGCAAUAGCAAGUUUAUGUUCUCUAAA